AGUGCCAGUACAUUCUUCAGAACUAAACGGAGAAGCUGGGAGCAAAUGCACAUAUAUUACAUUUUAUUUUUAACAAAUUUGACUGCUUUUAAUUGUUAGUCAAAAAUUGUUAUUAGGGGGAAACAAGCAUUUUUAUCAAAUACAUUUACAUUUUUCUAUUAACAUGCUUUUUUCAUACUAGUGCCAUUUUGCAAUGCCUAAAAUAUUCAGACUCAAACAACAAAAUGGGUAUUUGCAAAAAGGCAUGAUACGGAGGAAUGUUGACAAUUAUUUGCAUGCCACCAUAUCUUCCCUAACUAUUUUUUAUAUAAAAAAGUCCCUUCAGUUUUAAGAAAUUUCUGUUAUUCUUGUUAAAUAAUUUUAUAGAUUAAUGAUGCUAAAAUCAGCAGUUGUUUUACCUUUAUUUGUUUAUAUUUUCAGGCAAAAAAAAAAGAAAGAAAGAUUUUAAAAAGUGAAUGUAAAAAGCAUUUCAAUGCACGUGGGGAUGUAUUCUCAGAAGGCAUGACAUUGUAUCAGAAGCUGCAGGCAUCUACGCUUGGCAGUGAUAAGCCAAAGUGACGCAGUCAUGACGUCUCUUUUUCCAUCAGUACUGGUGCUGCCCUCUGUCUGCAGAAUCUUCCGUUCUCUGAAUGACGCUAGGUUUGCACAGAAUGGAGAAAAGCACAUUCCCGUUUGGCAGCACAGAGCAGGAGGAGAAAGGAGAGUCAGCUGUUCAAGGAGUUAACUGCUCUUCUGCCUCUGGACACCAGUAUGGAUGGUCAGCGAGACAAAGCUUCAGUCAUACGUCUCACAGUCGCUUACCUGCACUUGAGGGAUCUUAUGAACACCUGUGCACUGUCCAUGAUGACAAAGUCCUCUCCUCCUUCACCAGGAGUAUCGGCUAAAUCUCAUGAAAGGGAGUUGCUAGAUUCUGCCUUCGGAGGGUUUGUGGUUUUGUUGUCUUUGAAUGGCAAGGUCAUCUUCACCACUAAGGGCAUAACUACACACACUGGAAUUAACCAGAUGGAUUUGAUCGGAAGGAGUUUGUUGGAGUUCUUGCAUCCAUGUGAUCAGAUGGAGGUCAAAGACCUUCUCACGAGACUGAUCGGCAACCGAGGACAGCAAGAAUGUGAGGUGUUCCUCCGAAUUAAAAGUGUGAUGAACCAGAAACUGACUCCUUGGAAAAUUAUUCAGUGUACUGGAAAGAAAAAGUCAUCUUCCACACCUGGAUCCAGUUGUCUAGUCCUUCAAUGCAGGGUUCUGCCCAUGCAAGACAUCACUGAACUGAAUGCAGCACUGAAUAUAAGUACAUUCAUGAGCGUACACAGCCCAGACAUGAAGUUCACCUACUGCCACUCAAGGGUUGUGAAGUUGACUGGCUUUCAUGACACAGAGCUGUUGGGCCAAUCUGUGUACCAGUACUAUCAUCCAUCUGACUGCCAGAAAAUCCAUAAGGCACACGUUUACUUGUUUUCCAAGGGUCAGGUGUCGACUGGUAAAUAUCGGCUGCUGCACGGACAUGGUGGCUAUGUGUGGGCAGAAACAGACGCGUCAUUGGUGUGCAACAGUCGUACUGGUGUGCCAGAGAGUGUCGUCUGCAUCAAUUACAUUCUUAGUGGAGUGAAGCAGCCCGAUUUGACAUAUUUGCUGAAGCAGACAGAACAACUUCUGAAACCACGUGACUCCCUUCUUAAAGAAUCCCAUCCUGCCGCUUUUCCACUUGUCGCCAAAUCAGAUGAGUGCAAUAGUCCAACAACAGCUUUAAACCAAAGAGAAAGUGACAUGCAGGAAGUUCAUGACUGUACAGAGAUCACACAUAACACAGAAGAGUGCUGCAAUUUCAAUUGCGAUCUGUGUGAGUUAGACUUGGACAGUCUGGCUCCAUACAUUCCAAUGCACGGAGAAGACUUCUUGUUAACUCCCGUUUUCGAGGGGACAGAGGGCAGCGCUGAACUAAAUAUGUGUGGAUCAUCAUUCAAUAGUCCACAUCAAAAACUGGACCCUCGGCUGCAAAAUUCAGAGGGAACAGUCUUUCAUCCUUUAAAGAGACUUAAACAUACCAAACAAAGUUUCAGUCAUUAUUUUUUCACAAACAGAAACAACGAUACUGACCUGAUAUCAACACAGCAGUGGAAUGAGAGUCUAGAUCUUGUGAACAGAAAUUCAAAGGUUUAUAAUUAUAAACAGCAUAAUUAUCAACUCUUCUCUACUCAGAGUGAGACAUAUCUUUGGAGGGAGGAUGCACUUAAAGUUUUGCAACAUCCCAACAGAACACACUGGAGUUUUGAUGGAUCAACACCAAGGCCACAUGGCGGAGACCCAAAUACUCUUGGAAUUAAGUUCAGAUCGCUUCCAGAGAAUCCUAGGUGCCAGUCUCAGAACAGAAGAUACCGUGCUGAUGUAAAAGCGCUCCCAGAACCAUUGACUCUGCCUGUGCUGAGCGGCUGGGAGUGUGAGGUCAACGCGCCUCUUGACCCCACAUCAUAUUUGCUCCAAGGGACAGAAAUUAUAGCUGUUUUGGACCAAGUGGCCUCAAGUGUGCCUUGGUGCUGAUAAAAAAAAAACAAAAUGCAACACUAACAAUGUGCAUUGGAAUACAAUUUAUCACUUACAUGCAAUUGGUCUUUAAUGCAUCUUUAUAAUAACAGCACUUGCCAGUAGUCAACACCAGCAAGCAUUGCCUUAAGAGUACAUAACUAAAACCUGUGUGAUUGUGGUAAAGUCUGUAAAAAAUUUUAAUCUAAUAUUAGGCUUUUGCACUUCUUUCAGAGGUUACAGUGUUAAGGCCCAUCUUCUGCCAUUGCUGUGUUGCAUUUCAAAAUAUUCUAGAAACCUUUAUGAAAAAACAAGGAUUUAAUGUUUGCACUGUCACACAUGUCUCGAUUCACUA